CUGGAAGUGUAUCUUUCCACCAAAAUUAAAGUGGAAUUCACUGGCAGUAGGUUCACUUGUUUUCCUGGUGAAAUUACUCAAUUAUUCAUAAAUGUUUGCAGGUUAUUGGACUGGGUGACCCACUUGGCCCUACAACAACCACUUGCGAGAUGCAAGCGAGAGCAGUUGCACACAUGCAACGGGUUAAACUGCCCUUCUGAGGAAGCUAUGCUUGAAGAAAUCAGAGAAAAGGAGGCAACACCACUACAAUAUCGCUGUUCUACAAGGGAGGCUUCAUUACAAGUCGAUCUUAUACCAUAUAUGGAACAGCUAGCGGGAAUUGUCGGUUGCAUGCCCUCGCCAGCUGGAAAAUAUGGCUGA